AUGUCACAGAAGUCUACCAUAGUUAGUUUGCCAAUCAUCAAUGCAAAUGAGUCCAAGUAUGAUGAUUAUGUUAACAUUUUAAGAACUUACGAAAAGUGGAUUGCUGAAAUCUAUGUUCAGGCUUGGCUGCUAGAUGAAAUACCACACACUGACAGUCCACCAGUUCCUGAAGGACCUGCAGCACCUGGCCAGACAAAUGCACACAGACAAGACACUAACGAUAACCCAAUGAGGGAAAUAAAGAUUCUUUUUGCUGGUAAUCAGCUAACCCGGGUGAGAUUUGCGGGAGCCAAAGAUUUGCUGUCAGGUUCACACACAGCAUCUGAUUUUUUUAAACAUGGCUCCCCAUUUAAACCUGUGAUGUGGCACACCAAAGCUUCUCUUCUACAGUACACAUACUCAUUUCUGUACAAAGCAGAGACUGUAAAUCAAAUUGGUACCUUGAAGUACUUCAGAGAGAAGGAUAAUAGAAGAAAUGCUACCCCUUCCAAAGUUCUUGACUCCUAUGAAGGACGUGAAGAGCUGUUCCUCAGUGUAGGGAAAGCUUACAUAAUAACAGCAGUCCUGAACGUUUUUGGGAUGUCCAGCCUUGAGGAUACACUAUCAUUACAUAAAUUUCUACAAAACAUUGCACGUGAGAGCACAGAAAAUAAGACGAAAUACUUUUGA